GCUUAUUGUUUGGCCUUGUUGCGACCGCGGACGGACAGAAGCAAGUGGACCGGUUUGAAGCUAAGCUAAUUUAGAGACAUUACCGCCGCUGAAUUUUUUAUUUUUGCAUCAGCUCCAUUUGCAGCACAUGUUUGCAUCCGCUUUCGAAAAAUCAAAGGUACCUGUGAAUAUUUCCGCCAUUAGGCUAAGAAGCGGAACUGGGCGUUUAUUUUGAUAAACCGCUUCUAUCCUGCUAACUGAAUUGGCAGCGGGUAGGCGCCAGUAGUGUUUGACAACAGCGCUCUUCAGUCACGUUCCUGGUGGUGUUGAUGUUGUUUGUAGCUGCUGACUGAAGCGGCAAAAAACAAAAUAGAGAAAAAAAAACAGAAUCUUUACGUCGGUUAAACGGAAAAGUGAAGCAUGGCAGAAUUCCUCGAAGAUCCGUCGGUUCUCACGAAAGAUAAGCUGAAGAAUGAGCUCGCUGCCAACAAUGUGCCACUUCCUAGCGGAGAGCAUAAAAAAGAAGUGUACGUGCAGCUGUAUCUGAAAAACUUAACCGUACUGAACAACAAGAAGAGCCCGCCUGCAGACACCUUUUCCAGUGAUGAGGAGUUACCUGCCCCUGUGGUGUCCAACAAAAGUCGUUCUGGACGAAAAGCUACAAAAAAGACAGACAAGCCUCGCACAGAGGAAGUGGAGGUGACAGAUCUCACUGAUGAAGAUUUAAAACAACAGCUGGCAAAGCAUGGUGUGGACUCAGGACCUAUUGUUGCCACUACCCGUAAAUUGUAUGAGAAGAAGUUGCAGAAGCUUUUGGACCAGCCUCCAGCUGAACCCGAAGCUCCUACAGACGUCACAGCUCUCCCGAAGGCAGACAGCAACCAGAAUGGCAACACAAAUUCUGACCAGUACAGUGACAAGGAAGAUGAGGAGAUUGCUGCCCCUGAACCAGAGCCAGUUCCUGUUGUGGAGAAGCCUGUGAGGAGCAGAGGCAAAGCUCCAGUUACCAGCAGGACUAGCAGCAGACGACAAACAAAGGUGGUGGAGGAAAUAAUUGUUGAGGAAACCCCAAAGAAGGCCAGUGAGAGUGUUGUUGAAGAUAUCCUUGCCAAUGAAAUAAGCACACCAACAGGCAUCAGUGCGACCUGCAGGCGUCCAAUCCGAGGGGCAGCUGGUCGACCUGUCAAACCAAGUGAGUACUGGCUGGACGAGUCCCACGUGCAGCACACCGUCCUCACCGAGACCCGCUCUUACUCGGAGUCCUUCUCCCGACCGGGCAGCAGCAUCUCUUCAAGCAAAGCGCCAGCCAGACGAGGCGUCCUGUCCUUGUUGCUCAAGCUCCUGCUCCUCAUUGUGGUGGGUGGUUCUCUCUACUAUGCCUACCAGAACCUGGAUGCGGAUCAGAUCAACACCCUCAAAGGCCUCGUUGACAGUGUCGUCGUCCCGCUCCAGGGCGCUGUGGAGAACGCAGCCACCUACCUGGGCAUCAGCAGCAGCAGCAAUGGUGCUACAGAGAGCGCCGGCAACUAAGGACCCUCAGCAGUCCCUCACCAUGCCCACACCACCUCCUUGCCACCUGCCACAGCAAACCACAACUCAAGCAGACAACUCGGCUCACCUCUUUAUCUUUUCCUACAUGGUUGGACAAAGAACACAGAUUUAAUUGCAAUGAUAAACGUUGUCGUCUCAGAUUCCAGCUUUCCUCCCACCACAAGAGGGAGGUAUAACUCAAACAGUAGCUUCUGGAUAACACUGUUUUAUGGCAGUCAGAAGAGACUAAUUUUAAUGUCAAUUUUCAUCUGUGAAUUGUUUGUGUCUUUGUGUGUAUUUAACCCUUGUCUGUAGAAACAAGUGCAGAAUGGAGAGGCCAGUUUAUCCGUGCAUGAUUAUAGUUUUUUUAAAAGUCAUACUGUAGUUUCUAAUGCUCUGUGCCAGGUGUUUUUCUGAUGGUGAAGUGCCUGGACACUGUUAGCACUUAGUGCCCUCCCAUUUUUUUCAAGCACAAAGCAGCGCUACUACUAAUACCAGAAUGUCUACGUGUUUCUAUUUGAAUUUCAAAAAAAUUGCUCUGUAGCUAUAGACUUAGAUAGAGUGAUUCAUUAUUUCUAUGGUGCUCAGGUCAAAUCAGCUCAACCGUUUUUAUUGUGGUCUGUGCUGGGAGGAGACACGUGGUGUAAUCAGGUCACAUCACUGCAUGAGGAAAAUCAGCCCAUGUUCAAGUUGAAGUUAAAACUUUUUUUAUUGCCCCCCUCUUCCCCCCUCCUGUGGUUGAUCACUGCUUGAAUCAUCAUGUGUGGGGUCUAAGAUUAUGACUGAACUGAUAAUUCCGGUUGCUCUGUAUUGUAAUCAUGAUUUCCACCGUUAACGGAGUGACAAAGAAAAUGUACUGUACUUUUGGCAUCUCGUAUCAACACCCCCAUCAAUUUGCAAACAGAAAAUUUUAAAUGAAACAGCUUUUUGGUAUUGAUUAUUCACCAGUUAUCUGACAAGUAUUCCCUGAGGAAACAAAAACUGCAGUGUUUGAUCAUGGAUUAUUGAUUUUCCAGCCCUGCCAGUGUGCCCAUAUGAGUUUACAUGCUUUGGGUUUUAGUGCUCUGUUGUGCUUUCUUUUACUUUGUUCUGUUUUUAUUAGAUUUCUUAUCCUUCAGUCCUAAAUGUAGGACUGGCUGUUACAAUGCACCCACAUAGCCCACCUCACUGACUGUGUGUGUCCGGAGUAGACAUAGCAGAUCUAUGAAGACGACACAUAGAGAAAGUAAAUCUUUUUGGGAAAAUUAAUCAGUGUAUUCUCUCUCAACUACUUCUGCCUGUGCAAAUUACCAUAAUUAAGACACUGUAGGUUACUCUGAACGGAGAGCAAGGAUUUAUUCACUGGAGGUGUUGUUGGGGGUGGGAAGAUUUCUGGGGCAUCUUUGUUUCUAUUUUGAUAUUUUUCUAAAAUGGCGUGUUCAACUUUUUUAUAGCACAUUUUAAGGUAACAUUUGAAAGCAAUAUGUAACACAAGUGAUACUGUAUCUUAAUCUGAACCUCGCUGACGUAAAACCGAUUCAUCAUCAGGCAGCUCUCCCACAAUGGACAGAAACGACAGGGGUUAUGUGGGUAAGGAUUUUUAAUCUGUUUAUUUAUGAUAAUGUAGGCAGUGUAUCAUAAAAUAAACUUGGCUGUUACCAGA